UAAAGUCUAAUCAUAAAAAUGAAAACUUCUCAUUAGAUAGAGAAAUUAAAAAAUUAAUAUUUACUAUCUAAUCCUAGAAUUACAUUAAUAAGAAUAGUAGCCUAGUCACACUAUUCUUUUGCCAACCCUAGUAAAAAACUUUACAAAAAAAAAAAAAAAAAUCCCCAAUUCACUUUGACCAUUCUUUUACUGAUCCAACAUAAUCUUUUUGCUUUUUUUCACCCUUUGCCUCCUUUUUUUAUGAUGACAAUUUCAUUCAAAUUUCUUCUUUUCUUCCCUCACUAAUCUUUCUUUUUUCUGCAUGUUCUCAUUCCUUUUACUUGAAUUUCAACACCAAAAGCCUUAAUUAAGCAAAAACUUCUUCUUCCCCUCCCUCUCUAAUCAUUUUCUCUCUCUAGAAAAUGAAGUUCACUCCUUCAACCUCUGUUUCUUCUUCCUCUGUUUCAUCUUCCUCUGUUUCUUCUUCUUCUUUCAAUGAAAACCUCUGCAAAAGUAAAGGCAAUGUCUUUGGAUGUUUUUCAGGUGUUUUAAGUAGAAUUCUAUGUUCCAAGAGUCUCCCAACUCAUCCUUCUGACCCAAUUGAGAUAAACAAGAAACAACAUUACUCGACGAUUGAGACGAUCGUUGUAGAUGGUGCAGUCACUCCUAAUGUAGUAGCAAGGCUAAUGGGUUUGGAUUCGAUGCCGGAAUUAGAAUUUAGUUCAAAAUUUCAUCAGAAGUUUACGGACUCGAUUCCGAGAAGUAAAUCAAUGGACUCAGAAGAUUUCAGAGGAGAAACAGAGGAGAUGCAGGGGCAGCAUAGGAGAGUUAAGACUUCUGUUUCAUUUAGGGAAACACCCGAUUUCUUCGAGCUCGAAGACGAUGAUUUCUUCAUCUUGAAUUUUGAUAAAAGGGGCAGAUUUAAAAAGAAAGAUCCCAAUGUUGAAGAGUCGGAAGAGGGUGUUAAAAGGCACAAGCGUAGAAGGAGAAGAGAUAAAUGUGGGAAAAAACAGAGAAGAAACAGAGAUGAACAGAGUAAAAACAGAGUAUUUUCAAAUGAAGAGAGGCUUACUUUGAAAUUGUCACCUCAAAAUUCUCCCAAAAUUGAUGCCAUUUUAGACAAUCACAAGCAAAGUUAUCAUCUUUCUCCUAUUAGAGAUACGAAUAGUAGCAAAAAAGAAGAAUUGGAUGGAAAUAAAUCAAGAAAAAAGAUAAAGAAUGAAACUUUUUUGGGACAAAGUAAAGAUGAAGUAGAGCGUGAUUCAGAUAAUUCUAGCCCAGUUUCUGUUCUUGAUCACAUUACUGAUUUCAUCAGUGAUCCUGAAUUUACAACAUCAGAAGAAGAUGCAAAAUUGGGAGAGCCCGAAUCUGUUAGCAGAAAUAAUUCAUCUCAAUGUAAUGAGAGAAAUGUUGGGUUAAAAAGAAGAGAUUACAAGAAACAUGAAAAUAUAGAAAUGUUGAAGAAAAUAUGCAGAUUAGCUGAAGCUGAGGUAAAUAAUUCAAAUUGGAAGUACAGGAUAUUACUGAAGGCUGAUGAGUUGGAAGAUACUGAAUUAGAUUUUAGUCAAAGAAUUUUUGACCAGUUGGUUAGUGAAUUAAUAGAUCAACUUGUAGAAAUUGAAUGCCAAGCCAUUUGAUUUUCUUUUUCUUUAACUAUCUUGACUCUUGUAUACGUUUUUAAAUUUUUUGUUAGGUGAACGGGUUUGAAUGGGAAAAUCGUUGUACUAGUGAUCUCUAACUCGAGGGUUCAAGAUGGGGAGCAUCCCGUUACUCUCCCCACCCUAAUGCUCCUUCACUAUUGUGUAUAUAAAUAUAAUAAUAUAUUAUAGAAGUAAUUAUAGUAAAUUAAAGAAGGAAAAUGUUGAAUUU